AUGAAGAUUUCUGCUUUUAACAGAGACGGUAGGGGCGUUGACGCUGUGAUGGACCUACUAUUCUUCCUAUUCCGAGAAAUUCAAUCAGCCGCCACGCUUCUCCCGAUUCUUGGUCUCUUCGUCAUCAGGUCUUACCUAUUACCUGCUGAGGCUGCCUCACAGUGUAUUGACAGCGAUAAGGAUUGUGCACAAUGGGUGCGUAAUGCAGUGGAUGGCUGUGACGAUUGGCUUAAAGCGCAAUGCCAGCUAAGUUGUUCAACAUGCCGAUCAGUGACAUCGGCAACGCUUCCUCCAAUGAUCUCAUCACAAUUACAGUAUACUCCAUCUUCUUGUGAUGACCGUAACCCAUAUUGUCCGUAUUGGGCAAAAACAGGACAAUGCUCAAAAAACGCUCUGUACAUGUCCUUUGCAUGUUGUAAAGAAUGUAAAACUGUCAGAAACCAGCUUCAUGUCACCUAA